AUGGAAGGGGAAUGUUUGUGCAAAGCGGUCCGAGUCAAAGUCAACGACGACAAUCUGUUCGGCGACCAGCGAAGAGGCCAUCUCUGCCACUGUGCCAGCUGCCGCAAAGUCGCGGGAGGGCCCUUCGGAGCGAAUCUCAUCAUCGAGGAGGAGAAAGUCGAGUUUCCCAAGGGCAAAGAUAACCUCCGAGUAUACGAGGACCCAGAAACACUGAGCGGAACGCCUGUGCAGAGAUACUUUUGCCAAACAUGCGGCGUGCCCAUCAUGAGCAUGACGCCCCUGCUCAAAGGGAAAAUCGUCUUGAAACUGGGAAUUUAUGCCAAAUUGCCCGUGCCGGAAUGGGAGAGUUUCGCAUCCCGGCGACAGGCCUGGGAGAAGCCAGUCGAAGGGGCAGUGCAGUAUAAGACCAAA